AAGGAGGGUAUCGGAGCUUUGGGUUUGGAGAUAUAGGGGUAAGGAAGCUUUUUGUUUCCUCUCAUACCCGAAGACUCUCAAACAAAAAAAAAGCUUCUUCCAGCGAGUUUGAAGGCGGAGUAAUGGCUUAUAUGUGCACCGACAGUGGCAACUUAAUGGCCAUAGCCCAACAGCUCAUCAAACAGAAGCAGAAACAGCAAUCACAACAAGAACAACACAACCCAUGGCCGAAUCAACCAUUAGGUUACCCCUUAACAGAUUCGGGUCUAUCAGACCCGUUUCAGAUAACCGGAGACCCGGAUUUUCACUUCCCCCUACUGGAGCCUCAGAACGCCACUUGUUCCAAGGGCUUUAGGUUUUCAUCUGAUGUAGAGUUCGACUCAGACGAGUGGAUGGAAAGCCUACUCAACGGCGGCCAUGAUCCAUUCCUCGAGUUCCCGAGUCGACUCACUCUUCCCUCGGAUCUUAACCCGCCGGUUUCCACCGCUCCGCCGCAGCUAGUGUCCGAGGAGCCGGACUUCGAUCUAAACCGGCCGGUUUUGAAAGCUAUCCACGACUGUGCCCGGUUAUCGGAUACCAAACCGGAGACGCUGAUUAGGAUCCGAGAAUCCGUCUCGGAAACGGGCGACCCGACAGAGCGAGUCGGGUUCUACUUCGCCGAAGCUCUGUCCGACAAACUUCCUCCGGCGCCUCCGUCUCCGGAGGACUUCAUCUUCUCGUACAAGACGUUGAACGACGCUUGCCCUUACUCCAAGUUCGCUCACCUGACGGCGAACCAGGCGAUUCUUGAAGCCACGCAAGAAUCAAGAAACAUCCACGUCGUCGACUUCGGGAUCUUCCAAGGCAUCCAGUGGGCCGCUCUGUUGCAAGAUCUGGCGACCCGAGCUUCUGGAAAACCCGAACGGGUUCGGAUCUCGGGUAUACCCGCUCCGUCUCUCGGUGAAGCUCCGGGACCGUCUCUGGUCGCUACGGGAAACCGCCUGAGCGACUUCGCGAGGCUUUUGGGUUUGAAUUUCGAGUUUUAUCCGGUUCUCACUCCGGUUCAAUUGCUUAACGGGUCUACUUUCCGGGUCGACCCGGAUGAGGUUCUCGCCGUGAAUUUCAUGCUCGAGCUUUACAAGCGUCUUGAUGAAACGGCUACGACGGUUGAUACUGCUCUCAGGCUCGCCAGAUCGCUUAAGCCGAGGAUUGUGACUCUUGGUGAAUACGAGGUGAGUUUGAACCCGGUUGGAUUCGCGAACCGGGUUAAGAACGCUCUUCGGUUCUAUUCCGCGGUUUUUGAAUCACUCGAACCGAAUUUGAAGCGAGACUCGAUGGAAAGGCUGAGAGUGGAGAGAGUUCUGUUCGGUCGGCGAAUAUUGGAUUUGGUCCGACCCGGAAAUAAUGAUAAACCAGGAACCCGGUCAGGGAGAAUGGAAGAGAAAGAGCAAUGGAGAGUGUUGAUGGAGAAAGCCGGUUUCGAGCCGGUUAAACCGAGCAAUUACGCGGUUAGUCAAGCGAACUUACUUCUGUGGAACUACCACUACAGUACAUUGUAUUCACUUGUGGAAUCGGAGCCAGGGUUCAUCUCCUUGGCCUGGAACAAUGUGCCUCUCCUCACUGUUUCCUCUUGGCAUUGACCAUCUGAUCCAAUCAACCCAAACCAAACCAACCAUAUCUUUUUUUUUUGUGUAGUUGUCUUUUGAGUUAGUUUUGGAGUUGAAUUGUUUGAGGGAUAGCUAGUUGGGGUUUUCUCUGAAUUAGCAAAGUUGUAUAAUUACUCUAAGCUAUUUUCACCUUUUAGAUAACCUUUUUGUAUUUGGACUGAUGUGAUGUUUGGUCUUUUUCUUCAUUUGUAAUAUUGCAUCUAACAUUUUCACUAUU